AGCCUGGAUAAAAGACAGAUUGUCCCCCCACAUAUAACACUGGAGGAUUCGGGGGUCGUUCUCCCCAUCCCCCACAUACACACACACAUACACACACACUCAUGCUAAUAUAGCUAUCCAGUGAGACCAUUCAAAGAGACUCUAUCACUAUGCCAGUAUUUCUUUGGCAGCUUAUACCUGGUCCAUUUGAUUUGCCUUGACAACAACCUGAAGCUGCAGCACAUGUUUAAAUUUUCACAUGAGAGGAUUUGGCCACAGCUAUCAGUGAGUGUUCUAUGGGCUCAAACGUGUGCGAUGGUGCAGUGUGGUUUUUUUCCAUUCUAGAGACCUGGAAGAUGAUUUUUGCCCAGUGUGAAUGGUAAGCCAGUCUGAUCUACGACACCAUGGAUUUUAGCACCUCUUCUAUGUUUGAUCAGCAAAAGGGUGACUCAGCUGAGGAAACUGACCUGACCCUGGUUUACCAGGCAGCAGAAAAUGGAGAUGUCAACACACUGACUGCGGUGAUUCGGGAAGACCCUUCGAUUCUAGAAUGCUGUGACAGAGAAGGUUGUACUCCCUUGAUACAUGCUGUCUCUGGUCGUCAAGUUGACACAGUGAAACUAUUGCUGAAGAUGGGAGCCAAUAUUAAUACUCAAGAUUCCUGUGGGCGCACCAGCUUAUCACUGGCAACUUAUGAGGGAUGGCUAGAAGGCUGUGUGAGUCUGCUCAGAAAUGGUGCCAAACAGAACAUUGCAGAUAAAAAUGGGCGCCUGCCACUACAUGCUGCAACUGCUGAGUCAGAUGUGAAACUCUUAGCAGUGCUGCUACAGCAAUCAAAUAUCAGCGAAAUAAAUCACCAGGAUAAUGAGGGCAUGACACCUCUUCACUGGGCUGCUUUUCAUAACCGGCCACAACAUGCACAAAUCCUGCUGGAGAAGGGGGCAGAUCUAACCCUGGUGGACAAAGACUUCAGAACAGCCCUCCACUGGGCUGCUCAGAGUGGAAACAAAAUUCUGUGUUCCGUCAUUCUGAGCCAUCAUGAGGGCCAGUCUAUCAUCAACUACGAUGAUGAGAAUGGGAAGACAUGUGUGCACAUUGCUGCUGCAGCAGGUUACAGCGACAUUAUUAGUGAGCUGGCGAAAGUCCCAGACUGCAACCUCCAGGCUCUGGAUGUGGAUGACAGGACACCUCUCCACUGGGCAGCAGCAGCAGGAAAGGCUGACUGUGUCCAGCUGCUGUUGCAGCUAGGUAUGGACAACAGCCCUCGGGACAUCAAUGAGAACACUCCUCUGGCUUAUGCGAUGCGCUGUGGACACACAGCGUGCAUCAAUCUGCUCUCUCAAGAGAGCAGACCUGAAACUAUUCACUCCCUUUCUUCCCUGAACAAUAGACUUCUAAAGAAAGAGAGACCAUUCAGCACGCUUAACCAAAUAUUCUGUAAGAAGAAGGAAGAUCAGAGAGCUAAUGAGAAAGAUCACAGCCAGGAUAGGUACUCGGGAGAAGAUGCUUCGGAAGUUGAUGACAUCAUCACUACCUUUGACUGCAUUGCAGAUACCAACUGCCAAGAGCUACCAGAUCAGAGAAUGGUAAUGGUGGACUUGAAAAAAAGGGCCACAGAAACAUCAAAGUAUCUCUCAUCAGAAAAGAAGCAGCAGGAGCAUAAGGGACUACCCCCAAUCAGAACACAGAGUCUGCCACCCAUCACUCCAGGCACCUCCUUUCUAACAGCUUCCCAGAUGGUCACUUCCCACGGUGGCCUGGGUUCCAAUGCUCACCGUUUUGCAUGUAAAUCUCAAAAAAGUAGAAGUGAGCAUGACCUAUUAGAUCACAGGACUGGCUUUCAGGCAUUGGUAGAUAAUCCUUGGCGAUCUGACUCUAAUCAAGUCUUCUCCUGUAAAGCCUGGACUGUAUCUACUUCAGGUAAGUCAGAUGGAUUGCUGGCUGGAAGACCAAGCCAUGUGGAGUUCUUGGGACCUGUACAGCCUGUAGCCCGGCAUAAUCGUACAUCAGGGCAAAAUUUUCAGCACUUUCCCCUCGACAGAACCAAAGUGAGGGAUAUUCCUUUUGUGCGCAACAGUCUAGCUCCAAUACCAUCUCACUGUGUUCGGAAAUUCCAGAUACUGACUAACCACACUCUACAAGGUGCAAAAACAUCUCUAAGCCUCUGCAUUGUCCAAAAGAACAGAAUUUUUGUCUGGAGAACCUUUAAGGACAAGCCGGGUGCUUCCUGCCAUUCCAAGCCAGAAAGGACCCACUAUCCCAAGAGGAGAGAGUGAAGAGCCUUCCAGAAUAGCAUGUGAUGAGAAAUAGCCAUGGGCCAUUGGCUACAGAAAUGUGCAUUGAAGGGAGAGUCAGGAUGGAUGCAGCAUAAAUAUUUUAAUGAUGACUGUCAUCGUUCAUAAGAAAGAUGAAUUUAUAAGCUGUUUAUUAAUGAGCCAUUACAUUUUUUUGGUAACUGCACAUUCUCAACUCUAAACAGACUACAUUUUAGCAAAGAACUAUUGGGAAUUUCAUAGCAUAUGAACAUAUUUUGUACAUUGUAAGUUUGUGAGUUCCUGUAAUCUCCACAUUAGAAGAAAUAGGGUAAAUAUACAUUCUCAAUGGCUUGAGUGAUUGGGUUUGCUUUGUAGAAAGCUUCUUGAUUUUGUUAAAUUAUUUCUCUCUCAAGUAGUAUAAAAGGUCAAUAUGCUUUGCUGCUUUCAUAUCAUAAAGACAUUCCAGAUCUGAUUGGAAAAAAUUUCAUGUUGAAGAGUUUUGCCUUAAUUAAAAUUAAUAGCUACUCACAGUUAUUUCAUGCUUUUUGAUUACGGUAUAUUUUGCAUACAUAAUCAUCUCAUUUACAAUUCUAUAAGGCAUACCCUACAAGCAUAAUUAUUCCCAUUUUGCAAAUGAGAAAACUGAGGUUUAGAAAAGUAAAAUGACUUUCCCUAGGUCAUAUAGCUGAUAAGGGAGGAUAGAGUCAGGGCCACAACCCAGGUGUCCUACC